AUGUUAAAGGGGCACCUCGUUUUGAUUUUUCAAAAUUCUGAAAUAGUUGAUAUUACCAGGGUAGGGAUCAGAUCAAGACGUAGGCUAAUUUCCGCUCGGUGCGUACAAUCUAUAAACCUUCUCGAACAAAGCUCGGAUAAAGCACUCUCCAUAGAAAUUUUUUUUCAACGCUCGAGAAAGUAUAUACAUCUUUCAAAAUUAAGUGAACUAUUUGAAAUGUAUCUGACCACUAGACCUCGAAGUACUUUUUGCUACAAUCAAUUUUUCGAGCCGUUGUUCAGCAGCGAAAGCGUAACUGCAUAUAGUGCUCACCGUGGUCCAACCGUUGAUACCAGUGUGUCAAGCUCUCAUGAACCCUUGCCUUCGAAAAAUCUCGAUUUGUCUACAUUUCGGGUCAUAAAUGCAAGAUCAAGAACAGUUAUGAUAAAGCCCAAGAAUCAGUAUCUGACUUUUUGA